AUGUCGCUUCCCGGCUCCCCCUCACUUCUCCCGGCGAGCUCGAGCGCGAGCGCCCCAACUCCGGCCACGCUCUACCGCACGCCUCCUGAGACGCUCCACUCUUCCGCCAGUCCACCGCACAGCAACUCGCUGUCCCCGCGGCUCAGCGGCGGAGCCUUGCUCGGAGGCUUCCAGCCCGCGCGCGGAACCCCUCUGAGCGGCUUGGGCAACGGCGCCGCAGCCUCGCUAGUGUCCGGGCUCGGCGUAUUGGGCUCGCCCGCUUCCACUCCUCCGAGCUCCUCCGGACCGUGCGGCGAGUGCAAGCUGGUGGAGGUGCACGGUGUCAAAGUAGCCAGCUUCGGCGUACUCGGCCAGGAGCUCAUCUGCCUGCCGCAGGUGUUCGACCUCUUCCUGAAGCACCUGGUGGGCGGUCUGCACACCGUCUACACCAAGCUCAAGCGGCUGGACAUCACCCCGGUGGUGUGCACUGUGGAGCAGGUUCGCGUGCUGCGUGGGCUCGGCGCCAUCCAGCCCGGCGUCAACCGCUGCAAGCUCAUCUCUAGGAAGGACUUCGAGAUCCUCUACCAGGACUGCACCAGUGCCAGCUCCCGCCCGGGUCGCCCUCCCAAGCGGUGUUCUUCCGGCGCCGGCGUCCAGGAAAGCCCGAGGCUGCUUCACCCGGGCCUGCUGUCCCCCAACCUGCUCUCUCACACCGGCUUGACAGCGGCCGCCAUGGCCGAACUCCAGAAGCUACACAAGAUGAAGAUGAUGAUGAGUCUGCAGAACGGAAAUGAGUCGGACAAUGACGACCUGCACUCUAACGCGGGAGGAAGCGAAUGCUCCUGGGACAAGGAACGACUGAGCAGCCCCCCGGCCGGAGCCCAGGGUGGAGGAGGCAGGGCCAACCCGGCGGCAGGAGGCGGGCGGGGUCCGGCUUUGGGAGCUGUCAAUCAACAGCAACUCCAACAACAGCAGCAGCAGCUGCUUGCUAACAGACUGGACUUGCCCUUUAUGAUGAUGCCUCACCCAUUGCUGCCCAUGGGGUUGCCACCCGCUUCUGUUGCCAUGGCGAUGUCGCAGAUGAACCAACUCAGCACCAUCGCCAACAUGGCCGCCGCAGCUCAGCAGAUACAUGUACACCGGGCGCCGGUGAUCAAGGAGCGGGUGUGUGAUAGUCCCUCCUUGUCGCCCUCCGUUGAUGAGACCAACACUCCUCUGCAGUCACAGCCCAGUAGCUCCGCCUCCAGUUCUCCAGAAAGACUUGGCCUGCUUUCGGCGGACACAGAUGAUGCGCUGGCAAACGCUGCGACAUCCAUCAAGAAAAUGACAAAGGACAAAGAAGAAGAACAAGCCUUGCCUGCUGGCUUCCCUGCACCGUUCCUUUUCGCUGACAGCCUGUCAUCUGUGGAAACGCUCCUUACCAACAUACAGGGCCUCCUGAAGAUGGCGGUGGACAAUGCCCGCGUGCAGGAUAAGCAGAUCCAGGCGGAGAAGAGGGAGCUGAAGAUGGAGCUCUACCGGGAACGAGAGAUGAGAGAGAGUCUGGAGCGGCAGCUGACCUCCGAACUACAGAGCAGAGCGUCCAUCCAGAAACGUCUGAAGAAGGAGAAGAAGGCCAAGAGGAAGCUGCAGGAGGCGCUGGAGUUCGAGUCCAAGCGGCGGGAGAGGGGGGAGGACAUCCAGAAGCACUCACCUUCGUCCUCGCCUGAGCUGCUGCACGCCGCAGGUAACCCUAGUAAAAACGAUACUGGAUCCGACCAGCAGGAAGAACUGAACGGGAGCCAGGAAGACUCUGGAGCUGUGCAAGAGUCGACCGCAACGGGGCGGAGGAAGACGAGGCAAAGGAGGGCAAGGGGAGGGAGGGUUGACAAAUGUGACCUUGUUGCCAGACCCGGUGACAUUUACGGCAACCCGCUGAUAGACUUUAACGAGGCAGGUCAGCGCCAUUUUUCACUCGGGCGACACGUGCGCGAGCAGACGCUACCUUCGGACGAUGAUGAGCCUCGAGAGCUGAGCGAUGGACGGCGCAUCCCGGGGAUGAGGAGCGAUGGACGAGGGAUGAUGGAAGGAAUGAGGAAGGAUGAAGAGGUGACGGCGUGA